AUGUCUAAGUUCGGGCUCUCAUUGAAAUUAGUAUUAAGUCUGGCAUUGUUGAGCUAUGCUUUAGCAUUCACAGACUACUUGCUCAAAUCUUGUUCGCAGUCUGGAUUUUGCUUGAGGAAUAGACAUUAUGCUAGAGAGAUAGUAAAGAGCGCCAAAAAUGUUUAUUCGCUGGAUCCCUCGAGCAUUCAAAUUGAGAGCUCCAAUCACACUUUUGAGGCUAAUAUCGUGAAACGAAUUCCUUCCGCGGAACACGGCGCAGGCGUCAAAAAGGUCAUCUUUCCGCUGUUCAUCGACGUGCUGGAGGGGGGCAAGAUCCGGUUCAAGAUAGAUGAGUUGAGGGAGCCCAGGACAGAUUUUAAGUCUGAUGUGCUAAUUCAACAUCGGUACGACGAGGCAUUGUCGUGGGCUUUGGACAGUCAGGCUAAUGUCUCACCGUGCAAAGUUGAGUCUAAACAAUCCUUUUGGCCCUUUAAAAGACACAGCAGUAUUGUGGUGAAGAGCACAGACUCCAAUGUCUCGAUCAAGAUCGAUUUACAGAAAUUCCGUCUGGAUCUUUUUUAUCGUGGAAAUCUGGUUUUGGUCGUCAACGAUCGAAUGCUACUAAACGUGGAACAUCAGAGAACACUAGAGCGUAACGCUGACGAAAAACUGGCAGAGGAAUUGACAUUCAAUGAUUUUGAGGACAGUUUUGAAUACUCCAAGCAAGACAGCCUGCCCUUCGGGCCAGAAUCUGUAGCUCUCGAUUUCACUCUCGUUGGUGUCAAGGACGUAUAUGGUAUUCCGGAGCACGCAGAGAGUUUGCGUCUCAAGGACACAAAAGAUGGAGACCCAUAUCGCUUAUUCAAUGUCGACGUUUUCGAGUACAAUUUGAAUGCCAAAACACCCAUGUAUGGGGCAAUUCCCUUGAUGAUUGGGAGUACGCCAAAAUUUGCAGCAGGCAUAUUUUGGGUCAACGCUGCAGAUACUUGGAUAGAUAUUGAGUACGCUGAGAAAGAGACUCAAACACAUUGGAUGUCAGAAAAUGGUGUCAUCGACGUUAUUAUUUUCUUGGGAGAUACCCCGCUACAAAUAACUAAUGCCUAUACUGACAUCACUGGAAAGCCCCAAUUGCCCAUGAUUUCAUCCAUUGGAUAUCAUCAGUGUAGAUGGAAUUAUAACGAUGAAAAAGAUGUCCUCACAGUAGACUCUCAAAUGGAUAAGGCCGGCAUACCAUAUGAUUUCAUCUGGCUUGACUUAGAAUACACCGACGACAAAAAGUUCUUUACGUGGAAAGCCGACGCCUUUCCGAAUCCUGAAAGAAUGCUGAAGAAGUUAUGGAAGCAUGGCAGAAAUCUUGUAACUCUGAUUGACCCUCAUUUAAAGGCCAAUUACGAAGUCAGUAAGCAGAUCGAAGAGAGUAAAGUAUCUGUACGAAACCAUGAUAACAGCAGUUACCACGGUCAUUGUUGGCCAGGCGAAUCUAUUUGGAUCGAUACCGUGAGCAGCUCGGCACGAAGGGUAUGGGGCAAGCUUGUUACCAAAUUCUUGAAAAGUUACGGUAAUCUGCAUUUAUGGAACGAUAUGAAUGAGCCCUCCAUCUUUAGUGGUCCUGAAACAACCGCACCUAAAGAUUUAGUGCACGGAGAAGGAUUUGAAGAGCGAUCAAUUCAUAAUCUGUACGGGUUAACAGUGCACGAAACCACCUACGAGGCCAUGAAGGAAUCCUACAAAGCUGAGGAUAAGAGGCCAUUUGUAUUAACAAGGUCAUUUUUCGCAGGGUCUCAGCGAACAGCGGCUACCUGGACCGGAGACAACGUCGCAAGCUGGGAUUACUUGAAGCAGUCGAUUCCCAUGUGUCUCACGAAUAACAUCGCUGGGUUUCCAUUCAUAGGAGCCGACAUUGCUGGUUUUUCAGGAAAUCCAACCACAGAGCUACUUAUAAGAUGGUAUCAGGCUGGAAUGUGGUAUCCCUUCUUUCGGGGCCAUGCACACAUCGAUGCUGAAAGGAGAGAGCCGUUUCUGUUACAAGAGCCCGCUCAAUCCAUUAUUAGAGAUACCAUUCGCCUAAGAUACUCGCUGCUGCCUACAUUCUAUACUGCCUUCCACUCUUCAAGCGUCAAUGGCACACCCAUUAUGAAUCCGAUGUUCUACGUUCAUCCAGAACUUCAUGAGUUUUACGACGUUGACGACCAAUUUUACCUCGGCGAAACUGGGCUUUUGGUUAAACCUGUCACCGAUCCUGAGAGUAGGACUACCAGUGUACUGUUUCCCGGUGGCUUGUUUUAUGAUUAUAAGACUAUGAAAUCCUUUGCAGUGGAGAAGCCUGAGCAGAUCACUGUGGAUGUCCCGCUAGAUGAACAAGCGCUUUUCAUUGAAGGUGGGCACAUUAUAGUCAGAAGGGAUAGAUACAGGAGGUCUUCCAAGCUCCAGAAAAAUGAUCCCUUCACCGUACUGGUUGCUCCAGAUGCUGAAGGCAAAGCAACUGGUAGAUUGUACGUGGACGACGGCGAGACCUUUGGCUUUGAGAACGGCAACUACCUCGAAAUCGCUUUGACAUUUGAAAACUGUGUCUUGAAAUGGGAUGUCAUUCACCAAGCGGCCGAUCAAGAGCUUUUUACAAGCAAAAUCGAGAAAAUCCUCAUUGCCGCGCCCAAAAGCUGUGUAAGCGGUGUCGAUGCGACAUUGAAGCAAGGGACAGGGCAAUGGUAUCACUCAGUGCGCGAUGUUGACAGCUCUGAGCUUGUGGUACUUGAAAACCCGCAAUUCGCAGUAAAUGAGAUUUGGUCUCUGGAACUUUCAUAG